UCUGGUCCCCAGUAAUGAAAUUCCUUCCAUCAAAGUCUCCCUUUGACUUCUAAAGAUUAUCAAAUAUAUGUUUCUGUUGUGGCUCUUGACGUGAUACAGUGAGAAGUAUGACAUCGUCAAAAUAGAUUAAAACACCACAACAGCUGGCCUAAGUGGUCCGUGUUGGUAAACAAUGGGAAAGGCAGUUCAGAGGUCUCUGCUUAGAUGUCACUUCCUUUAGGAAGCCUUCCUUGAUGCCCUACACUAGGCAAGGUACCUCUCUUUCUAUCUACUCAUAGUUCAUUCACCUUACCUCUGGGCCUGUGCUUGUCACAUUGUUCUAAUUCCCCUUUUAUCUCUAAUCUCACCAAGAUCCUUAAAUGGAGGGCUCGAUCUUUCAUUAUUGCAUCUCCAGCCCCUAGAAGAGUUCCUGGAAAAUAAGCGUUUAAUAAAUAUUCAUUGAUAACAAUGUGUUUCAAAUAAGCGCAGUUAAUCACCAGAAUGGGAGUGAAUGACUUGUGGCAAAUUCUGGAGCCCGUUAAGCAGCACAUCCACUUGCACAGUCUUGCUGGGAAAACCAUUGCAGUUGAUCUGAGCCUCUGGGUAUGUGAAGCACAGACAGUCAAAAAAAUGAUUGGAACAGUCUUGAAGCCCCACCUCAGGAACUUAUUUUUUCGUAUCUCAUAUUUAACGCUAAUGGAUGUAAAACUGGUGUUCAUUAUGGAAGGGGAACCCCCAAAGCUGAAAGCUGAUGUCAUAAGCAAGAGGAAUCAGAUUCGGUACGGGCCUUCUGGAAAAACAUGGUCUCAGAAAACAGGAAGAUCACAUUUUAAAUCAGUCUUAAGAGAGUGUCUUGACAUGGUGGAAUGCUUAGGAAUUCCCUGGGUCCAAGCUGCUGGGGAAGCUGAAGCCAUGUGUGCAUACCUCAAUGCCAGUGGCUACGUAGACGGCUGCCUCACCAAUGAUGGAGAUGCUUUCCUUUACGGGGCCCAGACUGUUUACAGGAAUUUCACUAUGAAUACCAAGGACCCACAUGUUGACUGUUAUACAAUGUCAUCUAUCAAGAGUAAACUAGGUUUGGAUAGAGAUGCUAUGGUUGGACUAGCAAUACUGCUUGGCUGUGAUUAUCUUCCAAAGGGAGUUCCUGGAGUUGGAAAAGAGCAAGCGUUAAAACUAAUACAGAUUUUGAAAGGGCAAAGUUUACUUGAAAGGUUUAAUCAGUGGAAUGAAAAAUCUGGUUACUCUAAUCCACAACCACAAGUCAUUAAAAAACUGGCUCAUUGCUCUGUGUGUUCCCAUCCAGGUUCACCUAAGGAUCAUGAGCAUAAUGGAUGCAAAUUAUGUAAAACUGAUCGAUAUUGUGAACCACAUGAUUAUGAAUACUGUUGUCCCUGUGAGUGGCACCGUACAGAACAUGACAGGCAGCUGAAUGCAGUAGAGAAUGGUAUUAAGAAAAAAGCUUGCAGUUGUGAAGGAUUCCCAUUCCCUGAGGUUAUUCAAGAAUUCCUUUUGAACAAGGAUAAAUUGGUGAAGGUAAUCAGGUACCAAAGGCCUGAUUUACUGUUGUUUCAGAGAUUUACUCUUGAAAAAAUGGAGUGGCCCAAUCACUAUGCAUGUGAGAAAUUGUUGGUGCUUUUAACCCGCUAUGACAUGAUAGAAAGAAAGCUUGGUAGAAGGAACUCUAAUCAAUUACAGCCAAUUCGAAUUGUUAAAACCCGAGUCAGAAAUGGAGUUCAUUGCUUUGAAGUAGAAUGGGAAAAGCCUGAACAUUAUGCUAUAGAAGAUAAAUAUGGAGAAUUGGUUCUGCAAACAAUAGAAGAAAAAUCAUUGUUUGAGGCAGCUUACCCUGAGAUUGUUGCUAUUUACCAGAAACAGAAAUUAGAAAUUAAAGGGAAGAAACAAAAAAGCAUGAAAAUUAAACCUAAAGAAAACAAUUUGCCAGAACCAGAUGAUAUGAUGAGUUUUCACUCACACAUGACUUUAAAACCCACAUGUGAAAUCUUUUCUAAGCAGAGUUCCAAGUUACGUUUGGAAGUUUCCCCUGAUUCUACAUUAUCCCAGGAAUCUAUUUCUGCAUCAUUGAAUAGCUUGCUUUUACCUGAAGAUGCUCCCUGUUUGAAUACACAACAACAGUUAAUGUCUUCUGCAAGACCUUUGGUUAUGCAGCAAAUUAAAGCUGUCAGUAAAUCUCUAAUUUCAGAAUCUAGUCAACCCAGUACCUCUUCUCAUAAUAUGUCGGCAAUUGCUGAUCUACACUUGAGCACCAUUGACUGGGAAAGUACUUCUUUUAGUAAUUCUCCAGCUAUUCCAAGGAACGCUUUCUCUCAUGGUUUAAAAUCAGAGCUUGAAACAGCCAUCCCUGAUAGCUUUAAAAAUAUCCCAGGACAAUUGUCAUGUGAAUCAGAGCAGAACACCACAAACAUCAGUAAAGUGUUGGAUUGGGAUCUUCGAAAGUCUGAUCCUGAAGAGCGUCUACUUUCUGGCAUUACUGAUUUACAUCUUCAGGAUUUGCCUUUAAAGGAACGAAUACAAGUAAAAUCAUCAUAUCCUCAGGAGAAUAUACAACCAGAUGUUGACCUAAAAACUUUAUCCCUACUUACUGUAAAAGAAGCUUGUAUUGCUAACAGUAGUUCUGAUUAUCUGUCACAUCUUUCAAAGGAUAUUCUAGGAAUUCACUUACAAAAUGAAUCUAGAAACUCUAAAGUUCUAAAAGGAGACCAGCUGUUUCAAGAAAACUAUGAAGUGAAUACUUCUAUACCUUAUUCCAUCAAUAACCCAGUAGUAAAGACCUCCAGUGUUAGAGGUGGACUACCAAAUACUGCCUUAGAUCAUAGUAGAAAAGUUGAUGUGCAAACCACUCAGAAAAUUGUGAUGAAGAAAAGCGUUUGCCUUGAUAGACAUUCCUCUGAUGAAGAAAAUGUCCCAGUGUUUGAGAAAGCUAAGUAUACAACUCACAAAAUGAAGCACAAUUCUCAGAAGCAUAACUCAGCCCAGUUCAAGAAAAAUGAUGUCAACAAAUUAACUAACUCUAAGAUACGUAUUAAAGAAACUGAACAGUGUGUCCAGGCUUAUAAAACAGCUGGAAAUGAAGAAAACUGUUUCCCAGUGGCAGAGAAAGAGUCUCUGAAUUUUCCACAGUGUCAUAAGGAAAAAGAAGACUCUGGUGCUUGUUCGGAUAGUCCUCUCCCUUUAUGUCAGAGAUUAAAACUGAGGUUCCAAAACACUUGAAAUGAAAUUAAAAAUAUUUAAGUAUAACUUAGUAUUCUAGUACAAUCGACAUUGGCAGAGGCAGAGGCAAGGUGUCUAGUUAAUGUUUGGUAGAAAAAUGUAAUGUGGUUCUAUAUGUCACGAGACGCUUUUGCCUAAAAUUUUAAUCAAAAUUGUAAUAAAAAAUGAUACGUAAAACUUUGGUUUUAAAAGAUGAUCCUUUGUGGUGACAAUUUGAGAUAAGUAUAUUUUUAAAACAUACUUUUCCCAUUUUGUAUAUUAUUGAUUAUUUUUUAGUUAGAGCUUUGAAAUGUUAGUACAGUACCAGACAGAGUAGAUGCUUCAUCCAUUUGCUCACUUCUACUCAUUUCUUCCACAAGCCUCUGAAGUAUUUAUUUAUAUUCCAGCUUGCUCCCAAAAGGAUACUUCUUUAUAAUUGUCUUCAUUCUCACAAUGUCUUCUAUUGUGCCUUUCCUGAGAGUUAUGUUUUCUCUCAAUGUGAAGAUAUUUUUAAUGUGCUCUUCCAGUUUUGGUAACCUUAUUCUCUUUUGUGAGGGGCAAAAAUGGAAAAAGAGAAGAUGAUCAAUAUAUGUAGCAAAGAUCAUAGUUUUAAAUGGCUGAAUAAACUGAGAAAAGCUAUUACUUAUAUAUCCCCAGAAAUUCAUAGGUGGGCCAAAUGGAAAAAGAUUUGGAAAAUAAAAUGUCUAACCAGAAGAGGGUUAGAAACUUUCUCAGGAUCACACAGCUAAUUAAUAUUGGUGUAGGAUUGCCUCCCAAUUCAUUGGUUUUUCUGUUUUCUUUCUCUUCUAUAGCAAUUUUUUCUUUCCAUUACUCUUGGUUUAGAAAUGAAUCUACAGGGGCCAGCCUGGUGGCAUAGUGGUUAAGUUCAUUGUGCUCCGCUUCAGCAGCCCAGGUUCACAGGCCCAG